AUGUGUACAUGGAGCUGCUUCCUCUCCCCCUGACUGUUGCUUUGCUCAGGGACCCGCUGCGCCCAGGUAUUGAAGCUCCUGCGGCUCACCCUGAUCCCGGCAUUCCGCCCAGUGGUCCACGCCAGGCGCCGCGCCAGCCCAGCUAGCACCAGCCCCACUGCCGCAGGGGUUGCCCAGGGUGCCUACUACUGGAAGACUUGGUCGCCUGAGGGGGUGUGGUGGUGGUGGCGGUGGUGGUAGUGCGUGCGUGUAUGUGUGUGUGCGCGCGCGUGUGCGCGUGUGUGUGCAUUUCGGGUGUUUGCCUCCCACCCCCCUCACUCCACCACACACUCUCCUUUGCUUCCUCUGCCUUUCCGCCUCGGGCUCCUGCCGAGUGAACCAUGUCUGCGAGAGUGGCCCACCCUCAGGACCCUCAUCACCCAUCAGAGAAGCCUGUCAUCCAGUGCUACAAGUGUGGAGAGCCAUGCAAGGGUGAAGUGCUCCGGGUCCAAGCCAGGCAUUUCCACAUCAAAUGUUUCACCUGCAAAGUAUGUGGCUGUGACCUGGCUCAAGGAGGCUUCUUCAUAAAGAACGGAGAAUACCUCUGCACCCUGGACUACCAGCGAAUGUAUGGAACGCGCUGUAAUGGCUGUGGGGAAUUUGUGGAGGGAGAGGUGGUGACAGCUCUUGGGAAGACCUACCACCCUAACUGCUUUGCCUGUACCAUCUGCAAACGCCCGUUUCCACCUGGAGACCGAGUUACCUUCAAUGGAAGGGACUGUCUUUGUCAACUCUGUGCUCAGCCAAUGUCUUCCAGCCAUAAAGAGGUCUCAAGCUCCAGCAAUUGUGCUGGCUGUGGCAGAGACAUAAAGAAUGGGCAGGCGCUACUGGCUCUGGAUAAGCAAUGGCACCUGGGAUGUUUUAAGUGCAAAUCCUGUGGAAAAGUCCUCACUGGGGAAUACAUCAGCAAGGAUGGAGCUCCUUACUGUGAAAAGGACUAUCAGGGGCUCUUUGGUGUCAAAUGUGAAGCUUGUCACCAAUUCAUCACAGGGAAAGUUUUAGAGGCCGGUGAUAAACACUACCAUCCAAGCUGUGCGCGAUGCAGCAGGUGCAACCAAAUGUUCACAGAAGGAGAGGAAAUGUAUCUUCAAGGUUCCACCGUUUGGCAUCCAGACUGUAAGCAGUCCACUAAAACAGAGGAAAAACUCCGGCAGCUUCCAAAUAUGCCACGUUCCUCAUCUGAAUUCUUUUAUCCUAAAAGUCUGAUUCGCCGAACACGACGCUCUCCACAGUUCUUACCACCACCCUGUCUAGUGAACUUCAACAAAAACCAAAGGCAGCCAACCAGGACAUCCUCCGAAAGUAUUUAUUCCAGACCAGGGUCAAGCAUCCCUGGAUCUCCAGGUCAUACUAUCUAUGCAAAAGUUGACAAUGAGAUCCUAGAUUACAAGGAUUUAGCAGCUAUUCCCAAGGUCAAGGCAAUUUACGAUAUUGAACGUCCAGAUCUUAUUACCUAUGAGCCAUUCUACUCUUCAGGCUAUGAGGACAAACAGGAAAGACAGAGCCUUGGAGAGUCUCCAAGGACUCUGUCUCCCACACCAUCUGCAGAAGGAUACCAGGAUGUUCGGGAUCGAAUGAUCCAUCGAUCAACUAGUCAGGGCUCCAUUAACUCUCCUGUCUACAGCCGUCAUAGUUACACCCCAACAAUGUCACGUUCUCCACAGCAUUUCCACAGACCUGAGCUGCUCUCUCCUGGUGUGCAGCGGUUGUCAUACCUGCGCACUAGCAGUCUCAGCUCCACCCACAAUGACUCCCGCCCCAACUCCCCAUUCCGACACCACUUCAUUCCCCAUAUCAAAGCUUCAUUCUACAUUGGCAAUGAGCCAUCCAGCGGCCGGAACUCCCCUCUCCCUUAUCGGCCAGACAGCCGCCCUCUAACUCCAACUUACGCUCAGGCCCCUAAACAUUUCCAUGUUCCAGAUCAAGGGAUCAACAUAUACCGAAAACCACCCAUCUACAAACAACAUGAUCCAGCUGCCUUGGCAGCACAGAGCAAGUCUUCAGAGGAUAUCAUCAGGUCCUCCAAGUUCCCAGCAGCCCAUGCUCCAGACCCCAACGAGAUACCAAAGAUUGAGACGGACCACUGGCCAGGUCCCCCCUCACUUGCUGCCGUAGGAACGGAUAUGAGGCGCAGAUCAAGUGGCCGUGAGGAAGAUGAGGAGGAGCUUCAGAGACGCCGACAACUUCAAGAAGAGCAGCUAUUGAAGCUCAACUCAGGUCUGGGGCAAUUGAUACUGAAGGAAGAAAUGGAAAAGGAGACCCGGGAAAGGACUUCCCUUUCUGCCAGUCGCUAUGAUUCGCCCCUUAAUUCAUCUCCACAUGCUUCAUCUAAAACCUCCUCCCUCCCUGGUUAUGGAAGAAAUGGUCUUCACCGGCCGGUUUCUACAGAUUUUGCCCAAUACAAUAGCUAUGGUGAUGUCAGUGGUGGGGUUCGAGAUUUCCAGACCCUCCCUGAUGGCCAUGUACCUGGAAUGCGAAUGGACAGAGGAGUGUCCAUGCCUAACAUGUUGGAGCCAAAGAUUUUCCCAUAUGAAAUGCUCAUGGUGACCAACAGAGGGCGGAAUAAAAUACUAAGAGAUGUAGACAGAACCAGGCUUGAGCGACAUUUGGCACCUGAAGUGUUUCGAGAAAUAUUUGGAAUGUCAAUACAGGAGUUUGACAAGUUACCUCUAUGGAGACGCAACGACAUGAAGAAAAAAGCAAAACUCUUCUAAGUCACAUCUGCCCACCAAUUUGAAAAGUUAAUGAGGAUGCUGCAUAGGAUGUAGUAUUAUACAACAGCCACGUUUGAUUGGAGAACUUACAAACUACUUCUCCACAGCAACAACAAAAAGGGAAAAAUCUGAUUGAGGCACCCGUGAUCCUAGCAUUGGCCCACCAACAGCAACACUUGCCAAGAAGCAAUGGGGUGGAACUUUAUAUGUUCCAAAACUUGAUGGUAGUUUUCAUGUGUGACCUUUUUACAUUAUCUUCUGUACAUGAUUUGAGCCACUUUCUUAUUUUGUUUCCCUCUGUUGUCCAAAAAUACAACAGAUUGUAUUGGUCAAGCCAGAAAGUGCCCUUAAGAUGCUGAAUGGGGGAAAAAAGUAGUUAUAAUAACUCCAAAAAAUGAUUAUCCAUAUUACAGUACUGUGGUUAAGAAGAAAAAAAACACGUGUAACAUAUCCAUAUGCUAACAUUAGUCAUAUUGCACAAAUGUUUCUUAAUUGGCCUCACUUAAAACUGCCCAUUCUGUAGCUGUAGUAGAAAUCAAAGAGGCAGGCACCUGAGUAAACUCCUCCAUUGGGCUGCUUACCAGUGGAAUGAUUUUAAAUGUGUUCCUCACUCUCCGCUGCACACAUUUGCUAGGAUGUGGUUGGUGAACUUCUGUGCUUUUGUAAACAGUAUUUCUCUCUCACCACUUUUUUUUUGCUUCAGAUUACUUGGCUUAAGCUUAACCUACCCAGCAAAGGCAAGUAGCAAACCUGAACCCAGCUUGCAAAAAGAGAGGAGAGAAAGCUCUCCUUAAGAUUUACCUGGGUUACAUGCUCUUUGGGAACCCAUGCCACCAAGUUUCCCCAGGAAGCAGACUAUGUUAUGGGAAAUAAAACUUCAUGUUGUUCUGCCAAUGCAAAUGUGCUAGCCUGCCAUCUUCCAUAUAGUAUGAGACACAUUCAUUAUACAUCAUAUCAAGCUGAAGGUCAUUUCAACCAUAGGCUAAGGAAGGAUAUAUUUUUUCUCUUUCAUCUUUGCAGGUGCAGAGCAGAGAAUUUUGAAUUUACUCAAGUUGAAAAUGAGAAAGAGGAAGUUGGCUUUCUUUUGUGCCUCACACUGUUGACCUCAUGGUUUGACCUAAAAAAUUACUGAACAUAAUUUUUGAAUCAUAUGCUUCAAAAAUCUCAUUACUGCAUGAAUGCUCUAGUUUUUGAAGGACAUGUCAAUGAAAUAUACAGGGGGCAAGUCAUUUCUGUGGAAGAAUGAAUUUAUUCUACUCCCCUCUUCUGUCCCCUGGUGAAAAGUGAGGUGGGAUAUAGAGCCUUUUUACCUUAUGUUGGCACAUGGAAGCCACAAUAUAAUGAUGCACUGAUAUUACCCAUCUCUUACUUUGAGUGACACCCAAAUUCUGGCUACAGAGCAAAGAAUUAAGAUAACUUUGUAACUUGACAGAUCAAGCCAUUCCCCCUUAAUGAUGAAAGUCUUAUAACAGGAAAUAUAUAUAUACACGCACACACACACACACACACAUAUAUACACACAUAUAUAUGUAUGUAUGUAUGUUUCCUAAAAUGGGAAUCCAGGAAUCUCCUUGAAACUUAAAUAGAACUCAGUCAGACUAGCUGAUCAUCCUAUAUCACCUCACACUGAACAAGAGCCAUUCAGACUUGGCUUAUUGCCUCUGGGCUCCACUGAAACCACUGGUGCAGGAAUCAAAACAUAACUUUGAAGGUCCCUAUAGAGGCCAAAGGAGAAAGUGUUUGAGUUGAUCUACAAGAGUGCCAUUUUUGGCAAGAGAUUGGAGAUUCUACUCUACACUAUUGUUGGGAACUAUAUUAGUUAUCUGUCAUGCAGUCUAUGGUGGAAACAAAUAGAUUUGUUUUACAAAUGGGCACUGUCUGUAAGGAUACAAGGGGAAAUGCUAUGUGGGUACAACACACUUAAAUGUAUUAGGUGCUACAGUAGGGAGUAGAAUCCAUGCAGAGUGGUCUUUUUUAUUUACUAAUCUAGUUGAAGCCAUCUAAUUUUAUUGUACCUUCAGAACCGUGGAGUAAAUGUUCAAAGACCGUUCUUGCAUAUAUGUGUCGAUAUAUGUAUGUAUGUAUGUGUAUCUUAGACCUACUAAAUCACUUAACAAGUUGCUCCUGUGCUAGUCAUACUGGGUUACUUUUUUUUUAAUGAACACUUCUGCCUUCAUUUUUGUCCUUUGAAGUAUUCAAUGCUUCAUUUCCUACUGUGGUGAGAGUGUCUAUUGCUAUCCUGUCAUCUCUCUGGACUCUCCUAUGGCUGCAACCCUUGCCAAAAUCCUUUUUCAUACUUUUAUGUCUUGUGAUCUCUAGCAAAGCAAGCUGUCCAGUGUUUUGUGCCCUUUCAUAGUUCUACAAGGCUUCUUUUAGUAGGAGGGAUGUAUUUCCAAAGUUUAGCCCCUAAAAGAAAUGAGAAAACCUGCUUGGGUAAAAAUUCUAAUCCUUUGGCUCUCAAAUUGUUUUUCAUCUAAUGGGAAAAAAAAUAGUGGCUCUCAAUAACUUUAUAAUCUUAUCCAUUAUAACCUAAAAAUGUGCUUGCAAACUAGGUUAUUAUGCAUUUAAAAAAAGAAGAAGAAAAGAAAAUUAGGGUGCCUGGAAACUGUAGGCAUAGCUAAGUAAUUUUACCAAAAAUCUUAUUCUUUGGGCUAUGUAGGUAAGAUGUCAUAGAAUCAUAAAAUGAGAGAGCUGGAAAGGACCUUAGAUAACAUCUAAUCCAGGCUUUUCAUUGAAAGGUUAUAUGGCUGGUCCAAUAUCACACAACUUUUAGUGGAAGAACUAAGACAAGAACCCAAGUCACCUGAGACCUCGUGUUCUUUCUUUUGAAUGAUACUGCCAUUGUAUGGUGUUUUAUUUUAGGUAGAUCCUACAUCCAGACCUAAAAAAUCAUCUUCCAUCUCAUUCACUUGCUACUGAUAAUGUUGACCAGAGCAGGACACACAUAACCUCCCUCCCAACACUAGCACGCACACACACACACACACACACACACACCCCAAAAUUACCUGCCAAAGAACUCAAUAGCCUGACGUCUAUAGGCACGGCUGCCCUUUGACCUAGAGAGUGAAAGACUUAGAAACCUAAACCUUCAUGAUAAUAAAAUGCAUAUUUUAUUAUCUAGGAAUCUAGUAAAAUCACUAUAGGAUGGGGAAGGGGCCAGUCUGGUUUAUGCAACUGCCAAAUACAUGUGGACUUGUCAGUUUCUUUAAAAAAUCAGCCUAGCAUGCACACCUUCAAGAUACCCAGGCCACACUAUAGAAUGCUGCUGGGCCCUAUUAAAAGCAAACCCAGUAUUGUCUAUGAAACUAUUUAUGUAAUAUGUAAAUUAGGGGUAAAUAUUCACUUUACAAAAAAAGGUUUGACAUUAGAUGCAUCUAAUUGUCAACUUUCCUUGAUUCGUUUUCAAAAUAUUCUUAGAUUUUUGACCAUCUAAUUGAUAUACACCUUUUCAGGAAUGCAUCUAUUAUGCAAAGUGAGGUGUGUACUUUAGGAGUGAAUCACUAACUAAAUUGAAUGGUUCCUUUAAAUGAACUUAAGAAGGUUCAAAGUAAGACUUAGUCUUCCUUACCAAUGGUGUCCUUUAAAAUAGAUUACAGUGAUUUGAAGAGUAUUGGAAGACUGAAGCAAUAUAUUUGAUUGUUUUUUUUUAGCUUGGGACUAGUUGUGAAGUGCUCUUAAUAUUUUUUCUGCUAUGAGCUCUGUUGAAUCACCUCUUCCUCAAAGCAUCAAAGGAACAGUGCUGAAAUUGGCAAAUUAAUAAAGUGUGAGAAGAAAUUCUGUGUCCUUGAUGUUCCCUGGCCACCUUCACUCAGAAGACUAUAUGCUUCAAAUUGGUUUACUUCUGAUACAGAAGUUGUGGCCAUUCUCUUGUGACUGCUCUCACCCCUUAGGCUGGUGAGGUUGGUUAUCUUUACCAGCAAUUUAUGGCAGAUUGGCUGGUAAUGUUUAUAAAACCUUAAUCCUAUUUCAUGACACUUUGAAGCAAAUACUUUUUCUAAAGAAUUGCUUCUCUUGGAUACAGUUAAGCUUUUGCAAGUUUGAAAAAUUCAAGUCACUUUUGAUUAGAUAGAUCUUUCUAAAAUCUGUUUGAGACAACACCUUAGCAUCAUUUAAAAUAGGAGAAUGGCAGGCAACUCUUCCAGGCUGUAUGCUUUUGUACAUUUUCCUUAUCAGCAAGAAGGAUGCUGAAAGGAAAAUGAGUUUCAUGUCACCAACCUAUCUGCCCUUUGUGGGAACUAUGUCUAGAGCAAAUUCAGUUUUACAGAUUACCUACUCUUUCUCAUCAGUGCUUGUUUACUCUGUACUCAAUUGCUUUUCCUAUGUAUUUGAUGCCGGGAUAUUGCCUUUGCUCAGUUUCUUCCCAUAUAUUAAAAAAAAAAAGCCACAAUGUAAUUCUUUCUAUGGAAAUGGACAUUUUAUUUUAAAGAACCAGAUGCUUCUUACUGCUGUGAAACUGCCAGUGUCCCCUUACAAAAUCAUUUCUAAUAUAGUAAUAAAAAUAGUUUUUAUGAUUUCUAAUACAGAGAAAAAUUAUUUUGGUCAGAAUAAUUCUGCCCACAAUAAGAGUUACUGAAUAUCUUGCAGUGAAAGAUCAUUUGAGGGGGAGAAGGUACAAAGGCAAUCAUUGCUUUUUCAGAUGCUGUCGAGGAGGCAAUGGGUAGAACCAAGAGUCUUUCCUUACUGUAGUUUGGAUUUUAACCUGUCCCAGUUUGAUUUAUGAUUAAACUUGGCAAACAGAUUUAGGUGGAAACAUUCUCUGAAAUAACUGAUAUGUGCAGUUCUAAAUUCAACUCAAAUGCUUAUUUUAAGACACUUCAGGUCUUUGGGAAUUAUAGUUACCAUUAGACAGCAUUCUUCCCUGACGUGUCUCCCAGAACUGUUAGUGAACCAUGGUUAUCUGUUUUAAAAGCCGACAUUCAAAAUGAUUGCAAUCCCUCUAAUCAUUACAAUUUUUAUUUCACUCCAGGAAGUAAGACAAGAGGAUAUACUUAAACAUUGUUCUACCCAUGAAAAUAAGCUUGCUAUUCUUAACAUAAAUGUCCAGUAAUGUGUGUGAUUUCUGUGAGUUGCUGACAAAUCUGUGCAUGAGAGCCCUUAAAAUCACUUCUACUUUGGUUUUCUUUUUUUAAAAAGAUUAAAGGAAUUUUUCUUCCUAUCCCCUCUUCUUGCUUCCAAAAAAUAUUCAAACAAGUAUUUGGAAGACUUCCUUUAGGAAAAGAAAAAAGAAAGAAAUGUGUGUUGUGUCUCUUGUGAAAGUGAAUUGUCUGUCUGCCCACUGAGUACUCAACGCUUGUAUGCAGAGUGAAGAGUCGGCCUGCCAUUCUCUGGGUUGCUGUUCUGUACAAUUAAUGAUCUUCUUUUCCUGUUGCAAGCAGCACAUAUUGCACUCCUAUGCCACUAUAAUCUGCAUCACUGUUGUACUCAGAACAAGUCAAUGAAUAAAGUUUUGUGCUUUAUUCUUAAA